AUGAAGGGUGUCGAUAGCUUUUCAGCUGAUCGUGAAGGGAUGACACACAAACCAAUGAUAACAUGUGCUGGAGAUUGGAACUUAUUUUGUACAUUAGAGGCGCCCUUGGUAGCUGCUAUACCCCAAGAUUCAUGUGAAUGGAGAAGGUCCUAUGGACGAAUUACUAAGUCUGUGUUUUUGGAAGCAUCCUUUACUAGAUAUAAUAGGGAUAAAGUGAAAUCAGAACUGAAUCUCUUAAAGCGCCCAAUUUUUCAUAUUUACUGGACUGAUUGUGUGGAUAUAGAAUAUUAUAAGACUACUUUAAGAGAAGAAAUAGAAGCAUGGCUCAAACAAAUGGAGAAGAAUGGUAUAACAGACUGGAUGGUAAUUUUAGUAGAAACUUAUGACAUACGGAAAACAAACAAACUUCUGCCUAGAACAACAGUUUUAGACAAGAUAAAAGGGGACUUUGCUGCGAAACAAACAGAAGAAAGAUUCCUUUCUGUUAUCAAUCCCAUAAAGUCCGAAGCACGCAGUGCUGAGUCAUGGCGUUCAUUGGUUGCUAAAAUAAGACAUUUUGUGCUUGUGGCAUAUAAUAGAGCUUUGAUUAAAUUUGAGGAGUACAUGCGAGAACAAAGAGAAAAGAGAAAUGAACCAGAAUGGGAUUUUUGUACAUAUUUUAUUUUACAGGAACAAUUGGCAUUUGUACUUGAAAUGCUUGGUUUAUAUGAAGAAGCUCUAGUCCAGUAUGAUGAGUUAGAUGCAUUAUUUUCUCAAUUUGUACUCAAUUCAAAUGUUGCUGAGAGUCCAAAGUGGCUUGAUACCUUCAGACAGCCAAUAACUUCUUGGCAAGCAGUAAAACUAACAGCUCUCGUACCUCAACACUUAAGAGAGCUUAUUAUAAAGAAGAAUGCUUCCUUAUUGGACUUCAGAAGUUACCUGUACCAACGUCAAAGUGCCAUGUUAUUAUUAAUGUACAAGCCAUGGGAGAUCGCGUCCCGUUGCCUGAGUACUGUGCACAACACCCUAGUGGAGUUGUCGCUGCUGGGCGCCACCGCUGUAGAGGGGGCGGCGGCCUGCUGGGCCCAAUUGGCAUGUGCGGAGGCGCUGAGGGCCUGCGAGAGGCUCGCCGCCUCCGCCUCGGCCUCCGCCCCCGGCAGCAACGCGGUCGAGCUGUGCACCGCCACGCAGGCCCCGCUGCUGCACAACGCCAAAGAUAAGCUCCACGAGCUGGGCAAGCUGUGCGGCCUGCUGCCCGGCUCGCCGGAGCCCACGUCCGAGCAGCUGCACCUGGUGGUGAUGCUCUCCGCGGGAAUGGGCGACGGCGAGCCGAACAACGGCCAGCCGACGCCCACCGACCGGCUGAAGGGGGCGCUCUGCAGCAAGACCAGCUUCCAGCAGUACUACCUGGAGCUCGCCGAGCUGGCGAUGGGCACGUACAAGCACAUCGGCAGACUGAGGUUCGCGCGCCAGAUCGGCCGCGACCUCGCCUCGUUCUACUCGGAGCUGGGCGAGACCGGGAAGGCGGUGGUGUUCCUCACGGACGCCCUGCGCUCCUACGAGGACGAGGGCUGGUGGGACCUCGCAGCCCAGACCCGCCUCGAGCUGGUGGCAGCAGCCAAGAAGAUGAACGACGUCGACAGAUACACGAAGCUCUCAGCCAGGAUAGCGAGCACCGCCGAACUGGAGAUACUAGUCAGGAAUUUCUACUUCGAGGAGAUGAGGAACAGCAUACGCGUGCAGCUCGAGAAACGCGAGCCGGUGGCCGCUGAGCUGAACGACUGCUUCCGGGUGGUGUCCGCUACGCUGCUGCCGAGCGAGCGCGGCAUCUACGUCGCAGACAAUAAGGUCCAAUGUCGCCUGACCGUCGAGAGCCACCUGCCGAAGCUAGUGAGGUGCUCCCGGGCCGCUAUCAGCACUGAGCUCCUCAAGGACCCGCCAGUGGAGAGACGGCCAAAAAGCCACAAGACUGAUUUGAGCGUCAACGGCAGCGUGACUCAAGCCGGCUCGCCGAAGAAGCCGACUGGGGAAUGCCCCUAUGACGGUGACGCUAGCAUAAUAGCGAGUGUAAGACUGGACGACUUGAAGACCAAAAACCCGCUGCUCACGCCGCUGCAAAUCACCUCGAAGCUGCACUACAAAGAAGACAGGAGCCUGCAGAAGACCACCGUCGAGUGCCAGAACCCGAAGGCGACGCUGAAACGCUCCGAGAGCGCCAAGUACCGGAAGCCCUCCGCCACCGUCCGGAGCAGCUUCGAGGGCGCCCUCUGCAGCGGCGAAGUGGAACUGAGCCCGGGACCGAACGAGAUACUGCUGCAGUGCGUGGCGAAGCGGUGCGGCACCUUCAGGCUGGGCCAGGUCUCUUUGCUGGUCGAGGGAAAGUUGGAGUUCCUGUCCAACGCGCUACUAUGCACCAAGCUGGGCUACGAGGUGGUGACGGAAGGCGUCAGCGUGCUCCUGAACAAGGUGGAGCCGAAGAAGGACCUGGUGGCCGGGCUGGAGCACGACAUGGAGCUGGUGGUGACCAGUGGCAGUUCGCGGAUUCAGGAGAACGCGACAAUACACCUGAAAACGUCCACCGGCCUGCUGAUGCGGUUUGCCAAGGAUCUCUCCCCGAUGUCCAGGGAGUUGGACGUGCCGGUGCCGGCCUGCGACGCGUUCCAGACCAUUCGGGUGCCGCUGAAGCUGUUCGCCAGCUUGCAGCCGCGACGAGAGAAAACCGUCGAGCAUAAUGUCUGGUUGAACUGUCCGUGGUGGGAAACCGUCACCGAAGUACCGCUGCACUUCUCGCCGCCGAUGAUCGCGUCUUGGCGGCUGCUCACUUCCAACACGAGGAAGUUCCUCCACGUGACCGUCAGGUCGACGGUAGCCCACCUGGUCACGUUCACGUUGUCCGAGCCCAAGCUGGACUGCGACGGGAACACGCUGUCCGACCUGAACCCGAAGAAGUUCAGCGAAAUGGUUGUAGCGUCUGACGGCACCACCGCCUCCUACAUGUGGGAGCUGCUGAAGGACCCGCUAGCGAAGGCCGGCCCGAUGCGCGCCACCUUCUCGGUGCAGUACCGCGCCGAGGGCGCAGCCCCGCCGCGGGCCUUCGUGUGCCCCUUCGACAUCCAGGACUGCACCACGCUGUUCGUGCUGCGCACCAAGCUGGAGCCCGGCAAGGGGUCCGAGUUCUGCCGCGCCUCGCAGGUCUACUGCAUGCAGCUGAGCCUGCAACGGGUCAACGAAACCGAAUACACCUCCCUCAUGUAUGAAGUACUAGCUGAUCAAACUAUGUGGGCCGUUCUUGGGCGUACUGCAGGAGUGGUGACGAUGGACGGUACAUCCCCUGAACCGCAGCUGGUAACCUUCGAUGUGAUGCCUCUGGUUGCCGGAUAUCUACCACUGCCCACCGUCAGACUGUCCAAAUAUAUAGCAGCAAACACCAAAGACCCAAAGAAGGACAUCUCUGCCCACCCGCGUUUAGAGCCAUUCAGCCCGGGCCAAGUGUACCACGCCGGUAAGGCAAUGCAAGUGCACGUGCUACCACCCGCCCCAAAAGACCACCUGGACGCCCCC